UCCAAGCCAGACAUUCCAGCUGCAGCUGCAGAACAGAUCUUACAGCUAUUGCGCCCGAUGAACACGGUGCCCACUACCAUGGGGAAGAAACUGGACCUGUCCAAGCUGAGCGAUGAUGAGGCCAAACAUGUGUGGGAGGUUAUUGAGAGAGACAUGAAUCUACGCAAGAAUGAGGAGCAGAGGCUUGAGGAUCUAAAAGAAAAAUUGGAGAAGGAGGACAGUAAGAGGGAGUUUCUGUGCAACCAGAGUAGUCUGAACAGCACACACUGCAUUCACUGCCUACAACCCUUCCAGUUCCUGAUUAACAGCAAGCGCCAGUGCAAAGACUGCCAGUUAUAUGUCUGCAAGAACUGCAGCCGCUACAACAAGAAAGAGCAGGGCUGGGUGUGUGAUACAUGCAGGGUCUCGAGAACGGUGAAGAUCGGAUCCCAUGAAUGGUAUCAUGACCAUGUACGCUCUAGAUUCAAGCGGUUUGGCAGCGCCAAAGUGUUGCGCUCUCUGUACCUAAGGAAGCAGUCUGAUAGAGGAAUUCAGGAUAGAGUACAGAGCAUGCCCGAUAUCAACCGAGAAUAUCUGCGCCAGGCGAGGGCUGGGAUGUUUGCUGAUGAGGAUGAUGAUGUACUGGACGGUGCAGAAGCUCAGCGUUAUAGUAUGAUGCGCAAGACCAAGCGUCUGCUGUCAGUUCACCCAUAUGACUUUGACAAUGAUUCUGAGUAUUCAGCUCAGUCACGCAGACAAUCGGUGCAGCUUUCUCCAUCUCUAGAACCAGAUGUUUUCCAGUCGUUUUCUGAGUACACCAGCACUGGCAGAGACGUGGCUCGAAAAGAUUCACUCAUUGCCGAAGCUGAGCUGGCUUCAGUGUUCCACCGGCUUCUCCAGGAGCAAGGCCAAAAUGCCCCCAACCCAGAGCAGGAGUUCAGUACUGAAGUUCGUUUGACAAUGAACUCUCGACGCCGUAGUCUGGAAAACAUCCGGAGGUCCAACCUUCCUUGUUUAACAGAAUCACAAACAAAUUGUUCCAUCCCAGAUGCCCAACUAACUCGCACCCGCUAUCUCCCUAAAGGCAGCCCUUACCUUAUACCCAAGGGAUCACAGUACUCUGGUGACAUGGACAGCUCGGAUGACGAAAGGGGGGCUGCACCCAAAGCUCCCCCCAAACGUAGAAGCCGGGCAUCAUCUCAGGAAAAUAUCCACCACUCAGGAACACAGAUCUCUGAUCUGAACAAACGCAUGUCCGCUAUUGAACGCAUGCUAAACCGCUUAGAGGAAAGAAUCUCUGUGCAGUCUGAUGAGUCCACAGGUCAAGGAGGACAAACUGAUGCAGACUUGGAGGAAGAAACACUUAAACGAAAGAUAGGAGAACUUGCCAGUAACCUUAGUGAUAAAGGAGGCUCUUCUGAUGAUGAGAAAGGACCAAAAUUCAAGUCAACAGUGAAACUUUCCAAUGAGGAUGCUACCGACGAUCAGGCCCAGAAGAGGACCGCAGCUCAGGCUCUCUGUGAUAUCACAGCCAAAACAUUGAGGACCAUAAAUGCCACUGAGAGAGCCAUGCAAGAAGCCUUUGACGGUGAGAUCCAACAGCCCAUCAUUCAUUACACCAAACCAGGAGCCAGCGGCAAGGCACAGGCUGAAUUCCAGAAAUUAGAAGAAAAUGUGUACAUGAUAGCAGAUAAGACAUAUCGACUUGAAAAGAACCUCCAGGAUCUGGAGGAACGUACACGUCAGAGUGGAACCACAGAUUCUGAGCUUUCAGAAUUAGAGGUCAGUGUGGCAUCUGCUAUGGCACAAGUGCAACAGGCAGAGAGUGAGGUGUCAGAUAUUGAAUCCAGAAUAGCUGCUCUAAGUGCAGCAGGACUCACUGUGUCACCUUCAGACAAGGCAAAGAAGAAGUCCAGCUCUCGGACGACCGCCUCUGCUAUAUCCAGAAGCACAGAGCCAUUUCGCUCCUCAUCACCAGAAUUACAAAACCUUACUUCAACACCCAGUGAAGCGAAGAUUCUAACAAUGCAGCAGGCUCUAAGAAGAAAAUUUAAUAUUGACACGGACAUGGCUGAUGGUUCCUUUGAACGUAAUGCACUUUACCGCGGCUCCCUGACACAACGCAAUCCAAAUGGGAAGAACAGAAAGCUGGACCGCGUCUUUGCUAAACCUGUUCUCAGCCAGAGAUGAAACAAGGAUCAAAGCCUUCUUCAAAUGCAAUGGCUCCUUCUGCCUCAUUUACACCAAGAGGAUUGAACCCUAGCUUACAGCAGCAAACUUUAUGGGGGUCAUUUAUUAAGACCUUGCGCUCAAGGGGAAUUCGCCAAAGUUAUGAAGAGGUGCUGCCUCUACAAAACUUUGGAGUAUCCACUGCCGGUCUAAAUGUAAGACAGCUUCCUUGCUGGCU